AUGCAUUUCACACCCCUCACCCUCUUCCUAACCACCCUCUCCACGGCCUCAGCCUUCAUCGAAAGCUUCACCGUCCCCGCCAUGAUCGCCCCCAACAAACCCUACACCAUAACCUUCAACACGAGAUUCGAUCCCGCAUACCUCUGGACCGACGUCGCCGUAACAUGGGGCUACAACAAUCCUCCCGGCAGCAUCAACAGUGUGGGGCAGUACCCAGUGAUCUACCAUCUGCCCCCAAACCCCAAGCAGGCACCCGUGAAGCUGGUGGUGACGGCGCCGGAUGGUAUUCAGAAGUUUAAUAAGCAGAAGAAAAUUGAGAUUGUGGCGUCGGUGUUUACGGUUGCGUCGAUUGUUGGGAAUGUAGGGUUUACGUCGUUUAAUGUUACGAUAGAUGUUGGGGAUAAGGUUAGUGAUAAGUUGGUGACGAGUCAAGGGUUCCUUGUGGAGCCUUAG